GUGAUUCAUAGUGAAACACUGCUGAAGCCUGACAAUGCUGGGCUAAGUCCCCUCCCUGCAAGCCUGAGGGGCUGUGGCCUGGUAUGGGGGCACCCACGCCAUCUGAUGUCUACAGGCCCAGACUGCCACACCUCUGAUCUGCUUUGCCAAGGCAUGGAGGCAGAAGACAUUUCACAGGCUGAAGACAGAGCUGAGUAUCCAGGUUCCCAAAAUGAAGACCAGCCCAACAUAGCUCAGCCUGACUUCCCACAUGGAGGGCAGUCCUCUAGCCCCACUGCUCUCUGGGAGAGGCUAGAAAGGAAGUUUUUGGAAUACCAGCAAUUGGUUCAUGGGAGCCAGGCUGAGCGUCAGAAGAGCCUGUUGAAUCUUCUCCCACUGUUCUUGAAGGCCUGGGAACACUCCAUGGGGAUCAUCUGCUUUCCCAGUCUCCAGACGCUGGCAGAAGAUGUUUCCAACCACUUUGCCCAAGAAAUACAGAAGGCACUUGUGGGAAAGCCUGCAGAGCAAGCGAGAAUGGCAGCUGGACAGCUGAUGCAGUGGAAGGGGUAUGAGGAUCAGGAUGGUUACCUGCUCCUGAAGUCAGUGUAUGUGCUCACGGAGACAGACUCAGAGACGUUGGGCAGAGUUGCUGAGUCCGGGCUUCCAGCGCUGCUCCUGCAGUGCCUCUACCUCUUCUUUGUCUUUCCUCUGGAAAAGCAUGAGCUUUUUGAGAGUGACGUUCAAGUUCAGAGGAUGUUUGUGCAGAUAUUGCUGAAUAUUUGCAGCGAGUCUCCGGGGCUGGAGGGAGUUCUCUCGGGCACUGAGCUGCAGUCUCUAGUGAUCGCCACGACCUGUCUCCGGGAGCACAACUGCUGCUUUUGGAAGGAGCCCACCUUCUGUGUGCUGAGGGCAAUCUCCAGGGCUCAGAACCUCAGCAUUGUCCAAUACCUGCAGGGCAUGGAUUGCAUCAAGAUCUCCCUCCAGAACCUCUACAGGCUUGCAGACACUCUCCCUGCUCCCGAGGUGAGCGAGGCAGUGAGCCUUGUCUUGGGCUUUGUGAAGGGCUCCUAUCCAGUCUCCUCGGCUCUGUUCAUGGAGUUUGAGAAUGGAGAAGGCUAUCCUCUGCUCCUCAAAGUGUUACUUCGGUAUGAUGGGCUGACCCAGAGCCAAGUGGACCCCCACCUGGAGGAGCUCCUCGGGCUGGUGGUGUGGUUGACGACCUGUGGGCGGUCCGAGCUGAAGGUGUUUGACAGUGUCACUUACCCUCAAAUGGAAGGCUUCAAGUUCCAUCAGGAGGCUUCUGGGGAGACCGUUAAGAAUCUUCAGGCCUUCCAAGUCCUGCAAAAUGUUUUCCACAAAGCCAGCAACUCAGUCCUCUGCAUGGAAGUCCUGUCAGCCAUCAGGACCAUUUGGACUUGGAAUGCCCGCAACUUCUUCCUGCUGGAGUGGACCCUGCAGCCCAUUUCGCAGUUUGUGGAGAUGGUGCCCCUGAAACCUGCCCCAGUGCAGAAGCACUUUUUCCAGCUGCUGGAGUUUCUGGUAUUUGAGCUGCAUUAUGUGCCCCAUGAGAUCCUGAAGAAGGUUCAGCACCUGAUCAAGGAGAGCCCUGAGCCACCUUGCACCCUUCUGGCCUUGCAGAGUGUCCUAAGGAUAGCUGGCAGGGACCUGCUCUUCACUGAUAUCUUCAGGGACUCGGGCCUCCUGGGCCUGCUGCUGGCCCAGCUGCGGAAGCAGGCCAAGAUCCUGAGGAAGUCAGGAAACACAGAGCCCACACUUAGCUUUCGGGACCCAGAAAGAGAACUAACUUCUGUGAUGCUGAGAGUGGUGGCCACGCUUCUGAAGGGCUCUGUUCGGAAUGCGGUUGUCCUGAAAGACCACGGCAUGGUACCCUUCAUCAAGAUCUUUCUGGAUGAUGAGUGGUACCGGGGAGCCUCACUCAGUAUCUUGGAGCAGCUCUCGGUCAUCAACACUGAGGAGUACAUGAGCAUCAUCGUGGGUGCUCUGUGCUCGUCCACUCAAGGGGAGCUGCAGCUGAAACUAGAUCUCCUGAAGUCUCUUCUCCGCAUCUUGGAAACCCCCAAAGGACGUGCUGCUUUCCGAGUGUCCAGCGGGUUCAAUGGGUUGCUGUCCCUGCUCUCUGACCUGGAGGGGGCCCUCCAGGAGCCUCUGCUGCAGACGUGGCAAGCCGUGUCCCCAAGCCAGACCCUGAACCUGGUCCUGCACACCCUCUCUGCCCUGUCUGCAGCAUUGCACCUGGACCCUGUGAAUGGUGACUUCUUUAAGAGGAAUGGACUCUUCGAGAAGCUGGCCGAGGACCUGUGCUUGCUGGGCUGUUUUGGGGCCCUGGAGGAAGAGGGAACCCCCCUGCAGGCCUGGGAGGACACAAAGGCCAGGCCAUUUGCAGAUUGGCUGAGUGAGGCCUUUUCCUCCGCCAGCCUGCUCCCACCCAAGAUACAGAGCUGCCUCCAGAUCCUCAGCUUUCUGGACAGCAUGACCAGUGGCACCCUCCACCUGUGCAAGGACCUAAAGGAGUCCCCAAGGGCCAGGCAGGACCCAGCUGUGGAUGCCCAGAAGGGAGAAGCCAGCAGUGAUGCCCAAAGCUACUUGAAGCAGUGGCUGGACCUGGAGGAGAGGGUGGAUGAAGGUGACACCAUGAUCAUGCACCCGGGGGUCCUGUGCAUCAUGGUGAGGCUGCUGCCUCGGCUGUACCAUAAAGAUCAACCCCAGCUUUCAAAGGAGAUCCAGUGCUCCGUGGUCAGUCACAUCCAGUCCCUGGUAAAAUCGGAGAAGAAUCGCCAGGUCAUGUGUGAGGCAGGGAUGCUCAGGACCCUCAUGACCUCCUGCCACAAGGCCCUGACCACUGGCAGCAGCCCCUUACACUCGGGCCUCAUCAGGAUUUUUGAAAAGCUUGCUUCCCAAGCCAUCGAACCAGAUGUGUUAAGACAAUUUCUAGGACUUGGAAUUCCCCCUCCUCCAUCGGCUGCAACAAAAAUCUUCAGUUCCUCUCAUGUGCACCGAGGGAGCUGUGCAUGCUCAGGGUCGCAGGUGGCAGCACCAGUAAGAGUUGAGGGCCCUACACCGGGUGCAGGCCUGCACCCAGCAGCCACACAGGCCCUGAGGCCUGCGGGGGCAUCCCAGGACUCAGCUACCGCCCUCCAGACAGCCCUGAGCCUCAUCUCCAUGACCUCCCCUCGCAACCUGCAGCCUCAGAGGGCGGCCCUGGCUCCCUCCUUCGUGGAAUUUGACAUGUCCGUGGAAGGCACUGCCAGGUCAUUCCCUCCACCUGGGGGCUUGACCUUCUCCUGCUGGUUCCUGAUUGGCAGGCAUGGCACAGUCACUGAGGGCCACCCGCUGCGCUUCCUAACUGUGGUGCGCCACCUGGCCAGGACUGAGCAGCCCUUCAUCUGCUUCUCUGUCAGUCUCUGCCCAGAUGACCUCUCCUUGGUUGUGUCUACAGAAGAGAAAGAAUUUCAGCCUCUGGAUGUCAUGGAACCAGAGGACGACCCUGAGCCUUCUGCUGGACGCCAGCUUCGGGUCAGGUGUGGGCAGCUGUUGGCUUGUGCUCAGUGGCAUCACCUGGCUGUGGUUGUCACCAAGGAUAUGAAAAGGAACUGUACUAUUUCCACCUACCUGGAUGGACAGAUUAUUGGCUCAGCCAAGAUGUUGUACAUUCAGGCCUUACCAGGACCUUUCCUUUCAAUGGAUCCAUCUUCAUUUAUGGAUGUUUAUGGAUAUAUUGCUACCCCUCGAGUUUGGAAACAAAAGUCAUCUUUGACAUGGCGCCUUGGCUCUGCGCACCUCUUCGAAGAAGCCAUCUCCAUGGAAGCUCUGGAAGUCAUCAACAAACUUGGCCCAAGAUACUGUGGUAACUUCCAAGCUGUGCAUGCCCCAGGAGAGGACACUGAUAUGGAAGUGACACCCCUGGUUGCAGAGGAAAAGGUUUCCUUUGGCCUUCACAUAGCUAGCUCCUCCCUCACCAGUGUUGCGGACAUCAGAAACAUUUACAACGAGGUGGACAGCCGCCUGAUCGCCAAGGAGAUGAACAUUUCAUCCCGUGACAAUGCCAUGCCUGUGUUCCUGCUAAGAAAUUGUGCUGACCACCUCUCAGGGUGUCUUCGAACCAUUGGAGCUGUGGCUGUGGGCCAACUUGGAGUAAGGGUGUUCCACUCCAGCCCUGCUGCGAGCAGCCUGGACUUCAUUGGCGGGCCUGCCAUUCUCCUGGGCCUCAUUUCCUUAGCGAUGGAUGACCAUACCAUGUAUGCAGCUGUGAAAGUCCUGCACUCGGUCCUGACCAGCAACGCCAUGUGUGACCACCUAAUGCAGCAUGUCCGUGGGUACCAGAUACUGGCAUUUCUCCUGAGUAAAAAGACCUCUCUCCUGAACCACCGCACUUUUCAGCUGAUCCUCUCCAUUGCUGGCACUGCAGAACUGGGCUUCGGGCCAUCUACUGUCACCAACUUUGGUGUCUUCCAGCACAUCCUCUGCAAUUUUGAGCUCUGGAUGAAUACUGCAGACAACCUGGAGUUCUCCCUCUUUUCCCAUUUUGUGGAAAUCCUCCGAUCACCAAGGGAAGGACCCCGGAAUGCUGAAGUUGCUCACCAGGCAGAACUUAUACCCAAACUCGUCUUCCUUUUCAAUGAGCCGGGCCUCACCCCCUGCAAGAUCCCCACCAUUAUUGCCAUUCUGGGCUGUCAGCUGAGGGGCCACUUCAGCAUCCAGGACUUCCUCAGAAUCGGGCUGUUUGUUGUGUAUACCCUGAAGCCUUCAUCAGUGAAUGAGAGGCAGAUCUGUGUGGACGGAGCCCUGGACCCCUCUGUGCCUGCUGGAAGCCAAACAUCUGGAAGGACAAUCUGGCUCAGAAACCAGUUGCUGGAGAUGCUGCUCAGUGUAAUAUCUUCCUCCCAACUUCAUCUGUCCUCUGAGACAAAGGAAGAGAUGUUUCUGAACCUGGGGCCUGACUGGUUCCUGCUAUUUGUCCAGGGCCACCUGCAUCCUAGCACCACUGUGUUGGGAUUGAAGCUGCUGCUGCACUUUUUGUCAAGCCCCUCCCUCCGAGGGAGAUUUAAAGAAGGCCUGUCUGCAGGAUCCUGGGUAGAACGCAGCUCCGAGGGUGUGGACAUUGUGAUGGAUAACCUGAAGAGCCAGCCUCCCAUGCCUGACCAGAACUCCUGCCUGCUUCCUGGAUUCCGGGUCUUGAAGGACUUUCUGGCCCACCAUGUUCAUAUUCCAGAAGUCUACCUCAUGGUGUCCACCUUCUUCCUUCAGACGCCACUAACAGAGCUGAUGGACAGGCCCAAAGACAGCCUGGAUGCCAUGCUUCAGUGGCUUUUGCAGAAGCACCACAGGGAAGAAGUCCUCCGGGCUGGGCUGUGCUCUGAAGGGGCCUUGCUGCUCCUGGAAAUGCUGAAAGCCACCAUGAGCCAGCCCCCUACAAGUCCUGAAGAUGGCCCCUGGGAGAGGACUUUCCCCAUCAGCAUGCUGCAGUUCCUCGGCCUUGUGCACAGAACCUACCCCCAGGAUCCAGCCUGGCGGGCCCCAGAGUUCCUCCAGACCUUGGCCACAGUCACCUUCCCUGUGGGAAUGCACAAGGGAACCGUGACUGAGUCUGCACAGGAUGGCGAUAGCCCUGGGGCUACAGCUGAAGAUGGCGGCCCUGCGGAGGGUCUACAGGCUCCUGCCAGGUCACAUCCUACCCGGAAGCAUCUGAAGGAGUUCAUGCAGCUGCUGCUGAGGGAGCUCUUGCUUGUGGCCCCACACCCCAAGCAGUGGCUGCCCCUCGAGGUGCUUCUGGAGGCUUCUCCAGACAAUGCUACCAGCCAACAGAAGCGAGACUUCCAGUCUGAGGUUCUGCUUUCCACCAUGGAAAUAUUUCACUUGAGCGGAGGCAACACGCUCAUGCUUAGAGGCAGUAAAGAGCCUCAGCUGACGGCAGAAGCUGCUACUGCUCCUUCACUCACAAACAUUUCCCACUUCACCCAGAAGCUGGUGGAGAAAUUGUACAGUGGGAUGUUCUCAGCAGACCCCAGACACAUCCUUCUCUUCAUCACAGAGCACAUCAUGUUGGUAAGAAUCCUGGGCUGGCCAUGUUAUCCAGAAGGAUUUGGAUUGGAACCCAAGCCUAGAAUGACUCCUUAUCAUCAAGUCUUUCUUUCUCCAAAUGAAGAAGUGAGAGAAAAAAGUGGGGAAGACUUCCCAAGUUUGAGUGAUGUCCAGCACAACAUUCAAAAGACAGUACGGACUCUCUGGCAGCAGCUUAUGGCACAGAGGCGGAAGGAGCUGGAGGACACCUUCAAGAUUGAUCUCUCUGUGAAACCUGGAGAGAGUGAAGUGAAGAUUGAAGAGGUUACCCCACUCUGGGAGGAGACAAUGCUCAAGGCUUGGCAGCACUACCUAGCAUCUGAGAAGAAGUUGCUGGCCAAUCGCUCAAAUGUCGGACACCAAAAUAAAGUUGCUUUGUGGAGUGAAAGCUUAUCCUCAGCCAUGAGGCUGAUGCCUGGGCGACAGGUCAAGGACCCUGAGUUCAAGACGCAGAAUUUUGUGUCAUGUAUCGAGAACUACAGAAGAAGAGGACAGGAACUAUAUGCAUCUUUAUACAAAGAUCAUUUACAAAGGCGGAGAUGUGGCAACAUCAAGGCUGCCAACGCCUGGGCUAGGAUCCAGGAGGAGCUUUUCGGGGAGCUGGGCUUGUGGGGCCAGCCAGCAGAAGUCACACCCUGCUCCCAGUGGGAACUGGACUGGAGAGAAGGACCCGCUCGCAUGAGGAAGCGCAUCAGACGCUUGUCUCCACUGGAGGCCCUGAGUCCAGGAAGGGUCAAGGAAAGUCAACACAGAAAUGGUGAUGUUUCUCAAACAGAUGCUGAAAACCAAGAUGAGCUGACAUCAAAGGAUGAGAGCAAGACAAAUGAGGUGGGGGUGGACUGCACCCAGCUGACCUUCUUCCCUGCUUUACAUGAGAGUCUGCACUCCGAAGAUUUCUUGGAACUGUGUCGGGAAAGACAAGUGAUUUUGCAGGAGUUUGUUGAUCAUGAAAAGGUGACGCAGAAGCACUCUCUGGUGAUCGUGCAGGGCCACCUAGUCUCUGAAGGUGUCCUGCUCUUGGGCCACCAACACUUCUACAUCUGUGAGAACUUCACACUCUCUUCCGUGGGUGAUGUCUACUGCACCCGCCACUGCUUAUCCAACAUCAGCGAUCCAUUCAUUUUCAACAUGUGCAGCAAAGACAGGUCCUCUGACCAUUACUUGUGCCAGCGUCACAGCUAUGGUGAAAUCAGGGAGCUCCGGCUGGCACGCUUCCUCCUGCAGGACAUUGCCCUGGAGGUCUUUUUCCGAAAUGGAUAUUCCAAGUUUCUUGUCUUUCACAACAGUGACCGGGAUAAGGUCCUCAAAAGCUUCUGCUCUUUCCAGCCCAGCCUGAAGGGAAAAGGCAUCACAGAGGACCCCCUCAGUCUAAGGAGACAUCCCGGCUCUGACAGGACCACGCUGCAGCGGUGGCAGAAAAGGGACAUCAGCAAUUUUGAGUAUCUCAUGCACCUCAACACCCUGGCCGGGAGGACCUACAGUGACUACAUGCAAUAUCCAGUGUUCCCCUGGGUCCUGGCUGACUACACCUCACAGACAUUGAACUUGACAAAUCCCAAGACUUUCCGGGAUCUUUCAAAGCCCAUGGGAGCUCAGACCAAGGAAAGGAAGCUGAAGUUUAUCCAGAGGUUUAAAGAAGUUGAGAAGACUGAAGGAGACAUGACAGCCCAGUGCCACUACUGCACCCACUACUCCUCAGCCAUCAUUGUCGCCUCCUACCUGGUCCGGAUGCCGCCCUUCACUCAGGCCUUCUGUUCUCUGCAGGGUGGCAGCUUCGAUGUGGCAGAUAGGAUGUUCCACAGCAUGAAGAAUGCAUGGGAGUCGGCCUCCAGAGAAAACAUGAGUGAUGUCAGGGAGCUGACCCCAGAGUUCUUCUACCUGCCAGAGUUCCUAACCAACUGCAACGCGGUGGAGUUUGGCUGCAUGCAGGACGGGACAGUGCUGGGGGAUGUGCAGCUCCCUCCCUGGGCUGAUGGGGACCCUCGGAAAUUCAUCAGCCUGCACAGACAGGCUUUGGAAAGUGACUUUGUCAGUGCCAACCUCCACCACUGGAUAGAUCUCAUUUUUGGGUACAAGCAGCAGGGGUCAGCCGCAAUGGAGGCUGUUAAUACCUUCCACCCCUACUUCUAUGGUGACAAAACGGACCUCAGCGGCAUCAGUGACCCCCUGAUCAGGAGCACCAUCCUGGGCUUCGUCAGCAACUUCGGACAGGUGCCCAAACAGCUCUUUACGAAACCCCACCCAGCCAGGACCACCAUGGGGAAGCCUUCCCCUGGAAAGGAUGUCACCAUACCUGCAAGCCUGCCUGGCCACCCACAGCCCUUUUACUACUGCCUGCAGACGCUGAAGCCCUCCCAGGUCACAGUCAAAGAUAUGUACCUUUUCUCUCUAGGCUCAGAAUCCCCCAAAGGUGCCAUCGGCCACAUCAUGCCCACUGAGAAGACCAUCCUGGCUGUGGAGAAGAACAAGUUGCUGCUGCCCCCUCUCUGGAACAGGACCUUCAGCUGGGGCUUCGAUGACCUCAGCUGCUGCCUAGGGAACUAUGGCUCUGACAAGAUCCUGAUGAUGUUCGAGAAUCUGGCCGCCUGGGGCCGCUGCCUGUGUGCUGUGUGCCCAUCCCCCGAGAUCAUCAUCACCUCUGGGGCCAGCACUGUGGUGUGUGUGUGGGAGCUCAGCAUGACCAAAGGCCGCCCAAGAGGCCUGCGCCUCAAGCAGGCUUUGUAUGGACACACACAAGCUGUCACAUGCCUGGCAGCAUCCGUCACCUUCAACCUCCUGGUGAGUGGCUCCCAAGACUGCACCUGCAUCCUGUGGGACCUUGACCACCUCACCCAUGUGGCCCGCCUGCCCGCCCACCAUGAGGGUGUCUCUGCAAUCGCCAUCAGUGACAUCUCGGGCACUAUCGUCUCCUGCGCGGGAGCCCACCUGUCUCUAUGGAAUGUCAAUGGUCGGCCCCUGGCUAGCAUCACCACGGCCUGGGGCCCUGAAGGAGCCAUAACCUGUUGCUGUGUGAUGGAGGGACCAGCGUGGGACACAAGCCAUGUCAUCAUCACUGGGAGCCAAGAUGGCAUGGUCCGGAUAUGGAAGACUGAGGACAUGAAGAUGUCUGUUCCCAGACAGGCAGCACCAGAAGAGCCCUCGGCUCAGCCUCCAAGCCCAAGAGGCCACAGGUGGGGGAAGAAUCUUGCCCUAUGUCGAGAGCUGGAUGUCAGUGCCUCUUUGACAGGGAAGCCCAGCAAGACCAGCCCUGCGGUGACAGCUCUGGCUGUGUCCAGAAACCAGACCAAACUCCUGGUUGGUGAUGAGAAGGGGAGAAUAUUCUGCUGGUCUGCAGAAGGGUAGGAAGAAAGAGACGGUGGAGACCCUGGCUUAGCAGCACCCGAGGGGCAACAGCACCAGUUGAAAUGUGGACUGACUCAGUGUUUGGAGUGUAGAGGAACCUCCCCGGGCUCCCUCCACACAGGCCCUGAGGAUGGGGCUGCUGGGACUGGGGCCUUGGAUCGCACAAGGAUGUGCUUUAUAAAAAGGAUGAGAGCACACAUAGGGGUCCUGCCAGCAGUGUGCUGGGAGGCACAACUCACUGAUAAGCUGCAUGUGAAAUCACAAUGACUCACCUUUUCCAAGGGCUUAUUACACGGAAAAAAAAAUGCGUCACAUACUAGUGACUAAAGGGACAUAUUGUAUUGUCUUUAUUUUAUUAAAACAACUAUUUUCCAAAUGCAAGAGGGCUCUUGAGUUCAAU